GUGACGGCGCAUGCGCAGAGAAGCCACGCUAAAGGAGCCCUAUAUUUUCACUGUCAGAGCAUUGAGGGGCGAGUCGACUACCGUGUGGACUUGGACCGAUCAGAGCAGAAGAAAAAGAAUGUUUGUUCCUGUGGGGUCCAGCCAUCCCUGGUAGAGAGGGUGAGGCUCUGGAAGCAAUCGGCUGUCCGUUACCCAUCACCGGGUCAUUCAUAACAACACACUAACGUGAAAUUAGUCUCGACUUAACUGGCACUAGCAGGGAGAUGACGAAGGGAGGAGAGGCUAAGACGACGAGUCUGAAUUCCAGAGGGACGUCGGAUGAGUACCACCUCAGAGAAAGACCAAGAGAGGAAGAAGCAAAGAUGAAGAACAAAAUGACCGGCUCUCAGGGACCUGGAAAUGUGAAGAAAAGGAUGUGGUCUUGGGAUCAGUACCUGGAUGAAGAGAUGGCAGUGGCUGCCCCCAUCAGAGCAUUCACAGAGCUGCAGGUGGCCCCCCAGGGCCGGAACGGCUUCAAGGCCGGGAUGCUGCUGGAGGGCAUCGACCCCCUCCACCCCUCCAAGUUCUGCGUGCUGUCAGUGGUGGAGGUGAUUGGCUACCGGUUGCGCCUCCAUUUUGAUGGCUACCCGGAGUGCUAUGACUUCUGGGUAAAUGCUGAUUCUCCAGACAUAAAGCCAGCUGGUUGGUGUGAAAUGACUGGUCACAAGCUUCAGCCUCCCAAAGGUCAUAAAGCAAACGAGUUUAACUGGGCAAAUUACCAAGAGGCCUGCAACACUCAAAUUGCACCAAAGAAUCUGUUUAAAAACCAAAACAAGCAGACUGUGACCAGCUCCAAAUUUCAAGUGGGCAUGAAGCUGGAGGCUGUCGACAGGAAGAACCCCUGUCUGGUCUGUGUGGCGUCUGUAGCCGACAUCAUAGACGAUCGCUUCCUGGUUCACUUCGACAACUGGGACGACACGUACGACUACUGGUGUGACGCCAGCAGCCCACACAUCCACCCAGUGGGCUGGUGCCAUGAUCACGGACGACCCCUCACUGCACCUCAGGGAUACCCCAAUCCGGAAUGUUUCUCAUGGGAGGAGUAUCUAGAAGAUACUGGCUGCUUGGCUGUGCCGAGCGAAGCUUUCUGCAUGGGAGCGCCACACAGGUUACAGAUGAACAUGAAGCUAGAGGCUGUGGACAGAAGGAACCCCAUGCUUAUACGGGUGGCCACCAUCAUCGACUCUGAAGACUACAGGGUGAAGGUCCACUUCGACGGCUGGCAUCACAAGUUUGAUUUCUGGGUGGAUUCGGACCACUCGGACCUGCACCCCGCAGGGUGGUGCGCCCAGACGGGCCACCCGCUGGAGCCGCCCCUGCGCCCAACAGACAUCAAGCCCUCAGCCAAUCAGGGUGUGUGUCCGACGCCAGGAUGUAGGGGUGUGGGCCACAUCAGAGGCCCACGCUACACAGGCCACCACAGUGCCUUUGGGUGCCCGUACUCAGAGAUCAACAUGAAGAAAGAGGCUUCGCUCCCGGACCGUCUGGGGGGAGAGCGCCACGUCACCAUGGUCCCCGUGCAGUUCGUCCAAAAAACCAAGACGGUCAGUCCAGCAGAGGUGGAGGAGAAGGAGGACUGCCACAUGGAGAUGAGGGCCGUGAUGUCAGAGAGCGACGGGGCGAGCCGACUCAGGGGAAGGUACGCUUCGAACCCGGCAAAGAGAGAGCGCGGGGAAGACCCCGUCAUUCAGGGACAGGAAGCUCUCUCUCCGACCAGGAAGACACCCAGGCUGCAGAGCAGGCAAGCGGAGUCAGCGAAACGUCUGGAAAUCGAGGAGGAGGAGGAGGAUACUGACAUGCAGAGUUUGCUCAGAGGGGACGAUGUGGACAGCUUGGAGCGAGCGCUGCACCAGUCGGUCUUCCUGUCGGCCGCACCCGCCGGGCCGGGCUGCGAGCUGACCCUGUGCUGGGAGCAGCACUGUAAGCUCCUGCCGGGCGUGGCACGGGAGACGGCCAGCCGCGUGGCGCACUGGACCGUGGAGGAGGUUGCCAGUUUCAUCCAGACCCUCCCAGGCUGUGAGGACCCCGCAGAGCGUUUCAGAGAGGAGCAGAUAGAUGGAAAGUCCUUCCUGCUGCUGACGCAAAGCGACAUCGUGAAGAUCAUGAGCGUGAAGCUGGGCCCGGCUCUCAAGAUCUACAACUCCAUUCUCAUGUUCAGGAAUGCAGAGGACAACCAAUCAGGAAGCGCUGACACCAACACAUGAGCCACUCCCACUCAGUCCCAGCAACUUUAGUAAUGGCUUUUUUCCUGCCAUAUUGUGAUUUUGUUAGUAGCUUUGAACUGUUUUUUCAAGUUCUUACAUUUUUGUUACUUUCACAGGAUAGUAAGUUUGGCAGUAGCUGACUAUAACCUAAGCUGUUGUGCUAUUAGUAAAACGUGUUAUUAAAAGUGUAGGACAACCCACUGUGCGGUUAGAUUGAAUUCCUGCUGUAACCGUGAGACUGAAGAGUACAGCUGUCCUGCACUGGACAGUCAAUGGAACACACCAGUGUCUUCGUACACCUGGUAAGGUUUUGUGUUUAUUGACUCGACAAAUCCUCAAAGGUUUGUCUUGAAAACCACAAAGGGCUGUGGUCUACUCUGUUAAUGUGUUUAUAGAUUUUCUAACUGCUCCCACUCCUCCCUCCCAAACACAGGAUGGUAGAAAUGACAAUCAUGGAGCACUAAAUGUUACUGUAGGUGUAACAUUGUUGGUAGUGUUCUCAAGGUGCUCUUUCCAAAACACAACAGGUAAAAAUCAAACAGCUGUUAACUUCUGAUUAAGCUCUGCUACUGACCUUAUACUACACAGUGCCCUAAUUUGUUGUGCCGUCUGAUUUAACUUAAUUCUCUUAUGUACAAUUGCUCUAUAAUUUCACCAUAUCUACUUAUUCACUUUUAUUUAUUGUGAAAUGGUAAUGUGUAGAGUUCUGGAAUAUAAGUAAUAUGUGACACUGAAAUACCAAAAGUAUUUACAUGUUAAAUUGUGACAGAAUUUAUUUUAUAAUAUAUUACAAGUUCAAAUAAAUUAUUUUUCAAGUAUAUCAUAAGAAUAGCUACAAAUUGUAUUAUAGCAGUUCUGAAUAUUAAAGUUGAACCAUCAAUCAAAAGUGACAGAACUUUGUAACAUUUCUUACACAGUCUUAUUUAUUUUCUAGCAGAUGCCCGAUCUGGCAUAAAUGAUGAACAAACACAGCAAGAAGAACCAUCCAAAAAGAGAUGACAUAUUUUUAAUGAAUCAGUGGGUCUUUGUUUUUGUGGAGAACAAAAAUACCACGCCACUUAUUACAAUAAUUUAAAAUUGUAGUCAAUUUUCAUGAAUGUUUCUGUUAAAUGUAAUUUUCAUUAUUUUUUCUAUGAUUUUUCUACAUUCGGGGUAGAGUGCAGAUAGUUUUGUUGUUUUUGUAACUAGCUUAAUUUCUUUAUAAUACCAUAGAUCAGUCUGUCGUUAACUUUAGGUCAUUGAUCUUCUCGGAGUAACCCGAUUACCAUAUUCACUGUACAUACAUGUAGAUGCGAACUUUUGCAUUCAUCUGGUGAAUUUUACUUUGAGAUCACGACUUAUUAAAGAAGCAGAAUCUA